CCUACUUCCCCGAGGGCGAGCACCGGCGCCACCCGCUGGCCACUGCCCGGGACCUGCGCCUGGUGGGCGAAGCCCAGGAGACCUUCCGGGAGCUGGUGCUGGGCCUGCUGAGUGACCGGCAGCGGCGGGAGACCUACGUGGAGGAGCAGCUGGAGGCCGAAUAUGGGGAGCCCUUCCUGGGGGGAGCUGGAGGGGCUGCUCUAUGAGUAUCUGGGGCGCCUGGAGAGCACCCUGCCCCCGCCCCAACUCCAGCAGCUGCAGGAGGCUGCCUGGAGCGAGUGCCCCCUGGCCGGCCCCCCCCAGCGCCCCUCGGAGCUCAGCGUCCUGGCCCAGUACCUCACGGACAUGGGCUACCACCAGCACAUGGGCUCACCCGCCUUGCCGCUGGUAACCAGCACGCCCUCCCUGCCCCCAGUGCCCGGGACGCCAGGGUCCCGCCAGAGGCGGAGCCAGGAGGGGGCAGCACCCGCACAGGAAGAGAUGCCCCCUGACCUUGGCCUGCACUGCCAGCCGCCCGGAGAACAGGACCUGGACACGAGCGGGGACAUCGUGUGGGAGUCGGAAGAGGAGGAGAGCUGCGGCCCCCGCAGGAAGGCCAGCUACCAGCGCACGCGGUACAACACCCUGAUCCCCACCUUCUGCGACCACCUGGACCCCCCCAGCGGGUGCCCUGGCUGCUGCGCUCCCGGGACCCUGCCCCCGCCCCACGGCACAGACGCACCAGCCUCCGGAGGGUGCCCCACAAAGCCUUUAAUUGGUGACACCAAAUAAACACUGUACAUGAUUCA